AAGUACAGGCUCGUCAAGGUUCUCGCCGCGCUCGACCGCGGCGUCGCCGCGAACGACGACGACCGGACGUACGUCGGCGAUCUCGUCGACCAACUCGAGGCGGCGGCCAAGUCGACGGGCGGCGUGCCCGAGGAUGCCGACCUCGAGAAGGCGCUGGACGGCGAGUGGCGGCUCGCGUACUCGUCCACCUUCGCGGGCGAACAACCGGGUUCGCAGGGGUUCACGGGCGCGCCGGGGCAGGGCGCGCCGGGCGUGACCCUCGGCGCGGUGUACCAGCGCCUGAACGCGGAGGCGAAGACGUGCGACAACGUCGUGUGCCUGCGGUCGCCCAUCCCGGGCGUCUCCGGCGUCGCCGCGCUGGGACACUCGUACGAGGUGGACGGGCGAUCGAUGACGAUAUCGUUCACGGGGGUGACGGUGGAGUCCAGCCCGUUCGGUGUUGGGGCGUUCAAGUUGCCGUCGCCUCUGGACGCGCUGCCGAGGGAGGCGAGGGAGGCGCUCACGAACGCCGGCGCGCGUUCGGGAAGCUUCGAGACGACGUUCGUGGAUGACGACGUGAGGGUGUCGAGGGGAGACAGGGGCGAGUGUCGAGUGUUCGUGA